AUGUUCCCCCUUUCUUCAUUUCUUACUACCCAUUCUUUGUUUUCUUCUUUCAUUAUCUUCUUUUAUACUUUUUUCGUGAGCAAAACACUAUAUUCGGAAAGUUUUUUCCUUUUCCUUUUCUUGACACAGUUGUCUGCCCUUCUCUGUGCUAAUUUUUUUUGGGGCGGGGGGGUUUAUCUUUCUCGUCUCUUUUUCAUGAAUUCCUUAUCUACCACUCUCAUUUUUCUUAUCUUACUUUCUAUUUUUCAAUUCUCUUUUAUUGUCUCUUUUCCCGUUUGUCUUUCUCUCACACCCUUUCUCACUCUCUCUCUCUCUCUUUCUCUCUUUCUCUCUCUUUCUCUCUCUCUUUCUCUCUUUCUUACUCGAUCAUUUACUCACACACGCAUGCACAUUAAUUUACUUUUUCUUUCUCUCUUUUGUGUGGAGUCAUUGUUUGGCCCUGUGUCUCUCUUUCCUCUCUUUCUUCUCAUCCAUAUUAUCUCUCUUCCGUUCGAGAUUUUCUCUCUUCAAACCAAUCCUUUUUUUUUUCUUUUUUUCUCAUUUUAUCUUCCUGCUCUAUUUUUAUUUUCUUCUUGUUUUCAUCUUUUUUGUCCUUCAUUUUUUCCAUUUAUUUCCACGUUUUCUAAUUUCUUGCUUUCCCUUUUUUCCUCAUUCCUUCUUCUUUUUGUUCAUAUCCUCCCAAUGGCCCCUUUCGUCUCCCGUUUUCCUCCUCCCUUUUCUGAUCCAUCAUCCUGCCAAUAA